CUGAUCUUAGCACUCUCUGCUCACAUACCCGCUGGCGGGUCAAGGAGAAACACAAACAACCGUCUACACACACACAGUUCCUUGGGUUUGCGCUGUGAUGGAAUCGAAUAAAGGAAACGGUCCAGGUGAGAAUGACACUGCCGUGCUGGCACAGUUUGAGCGAGCUCUUCGCCUUGUUGUACGUGAGAUCCACAUCGACGUCGCUACCUUCAAGAGAAACGUCGAGCAGCGCCUGGAUGAGGCCUGUAAAGGCUCCAAACCCCUAGAGAACAUGGUUUCGAGGCUCCAGGAGGAAAACCAGCAGCUGAAGGAGAAGCUGGAAGCUCUUUCUAAACUGGUAGACACCCUACCUUGGUUAGCGAGCACGUCAAGUUCCCAGGGCAAGAGUGAUCUCCAUGAUGUCCAGGUUCAAGCCCAGAUCCAAGAUGAGAGAUGUAGUCCUGGAACUGCAGCUUCCAUGGAGGAAGAAGAACCGGCUGGAGCAUACUUACUCGGUGGAUCUGUGUGUGUGGAUUCAGAAUCUACUUCCUCCGGGAGUUCCCCUACUGCAUCUGUGACCAGCACCAUUAACAUGGAUGCAAGUUAUGAGGCUAAUGUGAUAAGCAGAGAAGAGAAGGAGGUAGGAGAAGAAGAAGAAGAAGAAGAAGAAGAAGAAGAAGACCUGUUAACUUCAGCUGGACUGGAGAAUAAACUUGAAAAAGCACCAGAACAAGAAGAAGAAGUAGAAGCACUGGUCAAUAAACAACAUGAACUCUCUGACUCUCAAUCUCCUCAAAUACAUCCUAGCACAGACCCUAGACCUGCAUCCCCUUUAGGAAGUGAAUACUCUGGAUUCUCUGAAUAUUCUGGAUACUCAGUGUCACAGGACGUGAUGUCAUCACUAUCCAGUCAACAUGUGACCAUGUCUGUGGCCAUGACUACAAGGCAAAGUCCACUGACAACGACGAGCAGAGCAAGAGAACUGACAGUUCAGAAGUCCAAAUCACAGCUGACCGAGACCCAAGAAAUGAAGACCUCAAACAAUAGACAAACCAAGUCCAUGGUUUUAAUGGAAGCAUCCCAGAAAUCUGGAAGCGCUGAAGGUUGUCAGUUAUGCCCUACGUCCCCACAGCCUUGGAGGACACAACGUAAUCCACGCUCCAUUCUGACCAAACUCAUACCACCACCGGCACUAUUUAGCCAUUCAAAUAUUGAAAUCUCCAAACCAGAGCCAAACACAGAGUCCCACCAUGAAUCUGAAGAGGGUCAGGAACUCAGGACACCAGACAACUAUAACUCUACAACUCACCCACCAUUUCAUCAGUUGCCCCCUGAAAGGGUCCCACCAUUGACAGUUCAAGAAAGGGCUUCCUUUGAGAAAGAUGAGGAAAUUACUUUGGAGAUACGGGAAGUGACAUCAAUGAGCAGCAUUGGCAAUCUGGAAGCCACAGGAAAGCCAAAUCUAAUGGCUGAUACAGACACUGGCCUGAUGACUCCCCAGAAUGGUCAGUUAACCCAGCAAAAUGCAGAUCUGUCUUUCAGCAAAACAGUUCUAGAUACAGCUACAGCUAGAAAGAACCCUCAAGUGACUCCUUUGGCUGUAUCAAAUAAUGUCAAUGUCACAAGGAAAUCCUCAGAGUCUACUUUUAGAACUGAGCGUUUGCUGUCAUCACAAGUGCUCCGGUCAACGGCCAACCUUAAGUCAAGCUUGGGAUCUAGUACAGAACACCAGCAACCAGUCAGCAUUAUGAACAUACCUCUAAGCCCUAAAUCUCUCAGAUCAACCAACCAAAUUCCAACUCCAUUUAAACUACCAUGUACAACCGAAUCGCCAUUUAAAGCUUCAACUGUUGGCAAAACUUCAGAACCCAGUGCAUCUGUAUACAACCACCAUGUGGCCCCAUUUUCUGUGACGUCUCCGAGAUCUGCAGAGCCUUCCCUCAGAGAUGAUCAUUCUCAAGUAACCGGUUCGAGUCAAGGUGCAGAACUGCUUAGUACACCAACACCACUCAAACCUAUGACUUGUGCAACUGUUCCUGUGAGCCCCAAACCUCUGAGAUCAACUAACCAAAGCUCUACACCAUUCAAAUCUCCAUCUACACCAAGUCUGGUAAUCAGAUCACAGCAUAGAAUUGUCCAGGCAGAAAAAAUGUCAUCUACCAGCAGCCUUGGUCAGGAACAAUCGGCUGUCGUGGAAUCUCAACUUCUUUUCCAAUAUGCAACAUCAAAUUUAAAUGUUCUUAUGACCCCAACCUCUAAGACCAAACCAACCAGGUUUAACCUAGAUGAGCAUUCUUCCACCAACCCUAACCCCACUCCAUCUCCUACUGUCAUGAAGAAGCCAGUUUUAGCUGUACCUUCACCAGUGUCUGACAAAGUAAGUUCACCUGACAGUAAUGAAGAUCAAGAAACUUCCAGCAAAGUGACUCCUCACUCUCCUGUGUCCUCAUUCACACAAAGCCCACGGCCUUGCAAAAGACUGACAAACCACAACCUUGUACAACAUCAAGAUACCAGCCUUAUAAGUUCCCACGCUGUUCAUCUAAACUCUGCUGAGACGUCUAGUGUAAGCUCAGAGCUCAGCCAAACCCAGUAUUCAGUUCAGUAUGCUCUUUCAGUGCAACAGGAAAUGAAGCCAACAGAGGACAGUUUCUCCCCUCCUCAGCUAUCCGUUGGUUCUCUGAGCAGACGUGCCGAUUCACCAUCCGGAAGCGAGUACUCUGGCUACUCGUCAGUGUAUUCAUCUGUGUCUCAGGAAGUGAGGUCAUCAGUAAACGGUCAGCAUGCGACUUCUGUUCAGCCUAUCGCAAGCUCUAUAACUUGCAUGAGCCCCAGACGUCACAGAAGACCAGUCCAUCACAACACAGAGAAGAUUACAUUAUCACAGACAGAGGCCUCUACAGUAUCACGAGAAGGGAGGUCACGUAUGUCUCGUGUCUUCUCACAGCCUCAGCUGACCAUAAGUUCUCUAACUAGACGAGCAGAUUCACCUCCUGAUAGUGAGUAUUCGGGAUACUCCUCGGUUUAUUCCUCAGUGUCAGAGGAAGUGCGAUCAGUUGUAGACUCCUCCACGACCGCUGCAAAACCCCAAGCACCUGUCACUUCUAUGAUUCGUAUGAGCCCUAAACCUGUCAGGAGAUCAGCUAAUCCCAGCUCUUCUCUUCCUAACCCCUCCCCUCCACUAAAGGCAAAAGUGUUUGGCCAAUCAACACCGAGUACUAAAUCAUAUCCACCAAUGAUUGAGCCUUCCAAUAAGACUGGGAUGUCACAGGAUGUGAAAUCAUCUCUAAGCAAUCAAUAUCCAGCCAUCUCAUCACCACGGCUGUCUGGUACACGCAACAACCAAAUUCCGCAGAGCCCCAAGUCCAUCAGCAGGUCUAGCAACAUUUCGCAGCCAAACACUACGCCACAUUUUAACCCUUUGCUUUUCAGCCAAUCUGCGACUGACUCAGCCGUUUCUAAACCAUCGACCAUCAUGGACUCUCCUAGCAGACCUGUGUCAGCAGUCAAGCCGUGGACCUCUAGCCAGAAGAUAAAUACAAGUUCGCCUGGAGAUCAAGAUCAGUGUGAAUCUUAUAUGCAGCGAUGCUCUUUCCUUUCCCCAGACAAGACGUUUUCUAAGCCAGCUGAUUCUAAACCGGUCAAUGAGAACUUCAAGAAGUCGGACAUUGUGAAUGGUAAAGAGGUCACAGGGUCACAGACACUGCCGAGAAACUUCCAGAGCAAGCAGGCCUUGUUUCAGAGAAUGAAUUCUGAACCUAGCAGAGAUAAGAACGUGGAGUCGAGACCCAAACUGAGACGAUCUCAGAGCUUCAAUACGUCCAGCGCCAGUGGAAUUAAGCAGCUCCUGCUGGACUGGUGCCGCUCCAAAACCAUCGGCUAUCAGCACAUAGAUAUCCAUAAUUUCUCCUCCAGCUGGUCUGAUGGAAUGGCCUUCUGUGCUUUGGUGCACUCCUUCUUCCCUAAUGAGUUUGAUUACAAUGAGCUGAAUCCUGCGCACCAUAAACACAACCUCGAUCUAGCCUUCACCACCGCUGAGGAAAAGGCAGACUGCAUCCGGCUGAUCGAGGUAGACGACAUGAUGGCAAUGGGCGCCAAUCCUGACCCCAUGUGCGUCUUUACAUAUGUGCAGUCCCUUUACAACCACCUCAAGAGAUUUGAGUGAUCGUAACAUUUUUCUCCAUUCUCCUUAAGGGUCACAGGCUGGUUUUGUUUCCGUUUAUACCAUUUUGGAAAUAUUUUGUUCCAUUAUGUACCAAACAGGUUUGGUAGAGAACAGAACAUAUACAGUAUCACAGUAAGUGUUUUAUUCCUCAGCAAUCUGCAAACAAUUACAUAUUUUCAUUUACUAAAGAACGACUGUUUAAUUGUUUCACAAUCAGAAUGCUUUAUUGAUCCCUCAGGGAAAUUGUUAAGUAUCUUAUGGAAAGAAUCAAAUUCCUGUUGUCGCUUAGCUAUAAACUGCAAAUUCUCUCAUUUCUCUCUCUUGCAUAAAGCAUAAAGUCCUAAAGAGAAGUGCACAAAGUCAUAAAGAGACUAUU